CCCUACUGACCUGGCUUUACAUCCUCCCCUAGAACUGGCUCAAACUUCCUUUUAUUCUGUUUAAGCUUUCAAGACGUCUAUAUUCCAGUCUUGCUCAUGCCCCAUUCUUGUAACUAGAAAAACAUUUUAAAUUGGGGGAUUCUAUCUUUGUUCUCUCAAACCCAAUUCACUUCUUUGAUAUAUAAACUUUUCCCUCUUUCUGGUUUCUCCUUAGGAUUCUGCAAUUCAGCGUUCAGUGGCUUCUGGAGUGAGCCUCUCAGAUCUCUACAGACCAAUGGAGACGAAGCUGCAUGUUCUGUAGCUGUAGUGAGAAGACAGGCAGCAGGCUUGGUCCAAAAGAGUUCUGAGGAAGAUUUCUGAGGCUUGGAGCUUCCAUCGGGUUUGGAAGAAAGAAAAGUGAAUUCCAUGAUGCCACAGCACAAAUAAGGCCCAUGGACACCCACCAAGCAAUUCCUCUCCAGCAGAGUUUUUAGAUUGCCGAGUAAUAUGCUGCCUUCGCGAGAGGGCAAGAAACUAGUGCCCAAAAGACGUGUUCUUCAGUAUUUGGAUUAGACGCGUUCUGAAGAAAAUGGCGUCAAAGGUCUCCUGCCUAUAUGUGUUGACCGUUGUGUGCUGGGCCAGCGCUCUCUGGUACUUGAGCAUAACAAGACCUACUUCAUCAUACACAGGCUCAAAGCCAUUCAGUCACCUAACAGUUGCCAGGAAAAACUUCACGUUUGGCAACAUAAGAACUCGACCUAUAAACCCACAUUCUUUUGAGUUUCUUAUAAAUGAGCCCAACAAAUGUGAGAAAAACAUUCCUUUUCUUGUGAUCCUCAUUAGCACCACACACAAGGAAUUUGAUGCCCGCCAGGCAAUCCGGGAGACUUGGGGGGAUGAGAACAACUUCAAAGGGAUCAAGAUAGCCACGCUUUUCCUCCUGGGCAAAAAUGCUGAUCCUGUUCUCAACCAGAUGGUGGAGCAAGAGAGCCAGAUCUUCCAUGACAUCAUCGUGGAGGACUUCAUUGACUCCUACCACAACCUCACCCUCAAAACCUUAAUGGGGAUGAGAUGGGUUGCCACCUUCUGCUCAAAAGCCAAGUACGUCAUGAAAACAGACAGUGACAUUUUUGUGAACAUGGACAACCUUAUUUAUAAACUCCUGAAACCCUCUACCAAGCCGAGAAGAAGAUAUUUCACUGGUUACGUCAUCAAUGGCGGGCCAAUCAGGGAUGUCCGCAGUAAGUGGUAUAUGCCUAGGGAUUUGUACCCUGACAGCAACUACCCACCGUUCUGUUCGGGGACUGGCUAUAUCUUUUCCGCUGAUGUGGCAGAACUCAUUUACAAGACCUCACUCCACACCAGGCUGCUUCAUCUUGAAGAUGUGUAUGUGGGACUGUGUCUUCGAAAGCUGGGCAUACAUCCUUUCCAGAAUAGUGGCUUCAAUCACUGGAAAAUGGCCUACAGUUUGUGUAGGUACCGCCGCGUCAUCACCGUCCAUCAGAUCUCUCCAGAGGAAAUGCACAGGAUCUGGAAUGACAUGUCAAGCAAAAAGCAUCUCAGAUGUUAGUACUUUUAUCAUUGUAAAUAACUUUCUUUUCUAAGAAAUGGGGACUAAGACGUUGGUAUUGACAGGUGUCACCAAGGGAACACGAACUGGUAAGGGGUUUUGUAAAGGUUUUGCUUCCUGUUCCUAGUCUUUAAUCGGAUCAGUACUUUGCAAGAAUUGGGCUCGACCAUAGAAACGGUGAGUGAGUUCGAAGGGCCAGGUUUCAUUCUUAGGUCCUAAGAAAGAGUGACCCUGAAUAACUGCCCGAUUAGCGCACCGUGCAUCUGAGAAAAAGAUCUGGGCCAGGAGAUAGAAACUCACAGUAAUGAUUUCAUACCACCUCUGCAAACGUAAAUAGUGAUUCUUUCUUAGAAAUCAAAACAAGUCGGGAAAGAUACGCAGUCAGGAACACACACUAGAUGAGAUAAUCAAUGCUUUGCGUUGCUGUCACGUGGCAUUCCCACAUAAGUCGCCGUGGAAUGUGUGCAGAAUUUGAGAUCCUACCAAUAACUGAUUUUUUUCCCUGGGGUAGGGAGGCGGGAUGAAAUAGAUGGGGAUGUAAACUUGAGAAUCAAUUAUCCUGUGUGGAUAGAAAACACCUCGGCAUGGACUUACAAGGAUUGAAUCUGGUCAGCAGGUGGGUUGUACAUAAAAUGCUACUUUAAGUAAACAAAUAACCCCCCCAUAACAAAUAUUACAUGGUGCCACCAAGGAGACGGCCAAAUGUGGACCUCUCAUCUGCAUCCUUCCAUAUACUGCCUUUAAGUGCAUGGUAUGGUUUUGGAUCAGGCAGGUCUGUGUCUCCAUGUAUAGAAAACAGGUUGGUAGGAAGCCCAGAAAUAAUACAUAACAACUGAUGAAAUGCCAAUUCAGGUAUCCAUUCUAAUGAGCAUAAGGUUGACAGUAGUGUACAAGGCCCUCUCUCACACGUUUGCAAAGCACGUGAGAAAAUCUUUAACGAGUUACCAGUAUUAUUAAAAGACGUGCCCCAGCUACCAAUAGAAGAAAUGCUCUCAACGUCGAAAAUGUUCAUCUAUGUUUAGCAGCAAAAAAAAAAAAAUCUUUUUGAUGUUCUGGAGAUUCUGUGGCUGAGAUCUGUGGGAAGGAAGAAUAGGGAAACCGAGUUCAGAUCCCAUUGAUGCCACAAAUGUAUGUGGAUCACAUGAGCAGGGGUCUCAUUUUUGAUGUGCUUCUGUCUGCUCACUUGUGAAACAGCUAAAAAGAAAAAUCUACCUCACAGGUACUGUGAGAGCAAAUCACAUUUGCUAAUAAGUGUUUAGAGAUCUUUAGUUUAAAAGGUGCUACAUGAUGCCGCGUGUAUCAUGCACUAUGCUAAAUGCUAAAAUGAUUGCAGUCAUUUUAAAGAUGGUUAUCCGUGAUGGCAACAUCAUCUUAAUAUAACAGUUUACCAAAAUAAAGAUUGACCGUGAACUAUCAGUGUACCUAAUUCUUGGAAGACUUGAGUCUCCUUGCCUAUAAGUUAGUUGAUUCGGGAAGCUUCAGUUCCUCCACCACGCCAUGGUCUCUCAUUCUGGUGAUGAAUUUGUCACUUCAGUGCGUUGCCUUGGCGUCCCAGGAUGUUUAAAGCAAAAAGAUUCUGCUUUGCUGUGGGGAGGAGCUUUGUACAGGUUUUGCCAAACACAAACAUUUGCCCUGAAUUCAUAAACCUCGUUAGAACACUAGAGCUAAUCUGCUCCCUGGGAAGAUGAAAAUCUUCAGCAAAUCUCCACAGUCACACAUUUACCAUCCAUGCUCUACUCAGUGUUGGGAUGCAAAGAAAGCCCCAGCACUGAAAAGGGUUGCUCGUUUGAGCUAUUUUCUUUGCACGUUGGCCUUUGCGCAACCCCCAUAGAAGCUGGUCGUGAUGGGGAUACAAAGAAUAAAUGGAGUUCCGUAAUCACAUAACCCCUUGCUAGGAAACAUGUGAUAUCUCAUCACCCCCAAAAUACUAAAUACCGUAGGACUUCCCAUCCUUUAAUAACGAUGGUGUCAGGUGACCCGGGAAAAGCUGUAACAGGACAAGGGAAGCCACCCUCCCACCAUCUAGCCUCAAACCCCAAGAGCUCCAUGGCUGGGAAAGUCUCGCACUCUCAUGCCUCAUUGGUCCCCCAGCUGCACAGCUGAAUGCAGUCUCUGUCUCCUGCUCUGGCCUCUAUCCCAUUCAGCCAAACCACUUUUCAUGUCUAAAAUUUCACACUAUGAUAACCAUGUAUGCACACCUAUGAAUUGCUUUAUAUGUAUGUGCAAAAUAUGCAUAGAGCCCUAAUCUUGGAAAGGAGCAAAAAAAAAAAAAAAAUCGGAAAAUCAUGUGUCUUAAAGAACUAUUUCUUAACCUUUUUUAUGCUACAUAGUGCCCCUAUGACAAACAUGUAAAUAGACACCCAAGAUUCCAUGUACAUAUUUUAAAGGCGCUUUUCUUGUCACCUCAAUUGUAUGUACAGCUAGAAUCUGCUUGAUAGGUUAACAUUUUCCUCUGCAUGGAACUUGAUGAGGCAAGGCCAUUUGUCCGGUAUCUCAAUAGCCUUAAGCAUGGUCGCUCUCUGUUUGUUUUUUUGGUUUUGGUUUUUGUUUUUUUUUUUUGUUUUUUUUUUUUUUUUUUUUUGGAUGUUCAAAAAAAAAUGUUUAGCUUAUCAAGGAAAAGUUCUAAUUUUCUACUUUUGUUAAUUCUAUGACAAGAGACUGGUCAGAUUAUUGUCAAAUAUUAAGCCAUUACUAACAUUUGUUUAAGAAAAAUAUUUCAUAAUAAUGGCAGUAUUCUGGGCCUGGGGGUUUUCGCUCAGUGGUAAACACUUCCCUAGCAUGCAAAGGGCUCUGGGUCUGUCCUCAGCACUGCAAUAAUACAGUUAAAAUAACGGCAGCCCUCCUGUACCAGAAGUCACUCAAAUAAUGUUCUAAACACUGUCUGGCUCCCCACUAUUUCUCCAUUAUUACUGGAUAACAUCAGCACCUAAUCUUAAAAGCUUCUUCAUGUAUUUCAUAGAGGGAAAAAAAAAAAAAAGAAUCCUUUCUCUUUGGUGCCUCCUUUAUGUGGCUCUGUGUCCUCUUGGAGCAGUCAAUACACAAUGAUGUACUUUUAAAUAACAAGAUUCAAAACACGAAGACCAUUUUUUGAUUUGAAUUAAAUACGGAAGAACAAAACCCCUUGUGUGAUAAGAUACGGAGGGGAAACAAACUCUAUACCAAGAAGUCGCGGAAGGAGUUUUUCAAUCAAAUUUCUUCUAACAAGAGACCAUGGGAUAUUUAUGUACAGUGUGUGGAAUUCAUUUUCUACCUUUCCUAAUACGUGCGCUCAAGGCGGGAACGGAUCGUGUCAUUUCUGUAAAGCGGAAGAUACUUUUUAUAAGCCACAGGUAACUGGUGAAUGAACGAAGUAAUUUACUAGAGACGCUUGUUGAUAAUUGACCUUUAGGUAUAUUGUUAUAAAUGAAUGAUUGUAUUUAUGUAUUUAUUUGUUCGAAAUUGUACAUAUGGUUUUGCCAAAAGUAACUGUGUGUUGAAGUGCACUCUCUGGGUUUGUAGUGCUAUUUAGGGUUACAUGGGUUGCCAAUCAAGCUGCUAAUCAGAAUACUAUUUUUUUGUAUCAGUGUUACAACAUGUGACGAAUAGAUGACGCUGUCUUUCCAUUCAUUCUCUCUCCCUUCCUCUUGAAAUGUAAACUGUUGGUUGAAAGCGCGAUGCGGUUGGACAGGCCCAUCUGUCAAGAGGAGGAUCAUGGUUUCAUAAGACUGAUUUUUUUAAACUCCUGAGACAAAUAAACAAAAGAAGAACUCA